UUACGACCGGUUCUUACACCCACUAAGAAAGCGAUAAAAAGUAGAUACCUAAUUGAGAUUUAUUACUAAAGAUGUGCGUGCGGGGUUAAUUAAUAAUUUUGCUCGCUUUAAAAAUAGAUACUGGACUCCUCUCGCUCUCAGUAGGUAGACAUGGUUAUGUUCAAUGUGCGACGCGGUGCUAAUACUGACUGAAAGGAUUUUAACGAGAUGCGGCCUAUGCCCUAAUUACGUUAAGGUACAACAAUGCAAUUUUUUACCAUUAGCUCACCCUAGUAGUAAAAUGCGUAUCGGCGAUGCGGUGAAAUCCUUACCGUCGCUAACCCCAAAGUGAGUUCGCGCCAAAUCCAAAUACUAAAACAAUGAACAAUGAAGCGUUAGACAACACAAUUCACGUUACCGCACCCAGUAUAUUAAAUAAACCGCCACAAACCAUGCCUCAACGGUCUCCUUUCGCAAUACAAGAACUCCUAGGACUUGGAGAUUCACAACAUCGAUCACCCACGGCCGCCGUUUCAGCGAUCACGCCGAACGUCUAUCCUCAAAGGCACAUACAACCGCAAACAUGUUUUCCUUCUGAUCCGAGCUUUAAUCACCACCAUAUGACGAUGGCCGCAAGUCGGAUGGCCUAUUUUAAUGCUCAAGCCGCCGUCGCCGCCGCUUUUUUACCUCAUAACAUUGCCGCCGCCGCUAGCAUGAGCGCCGCUAACAACGGUACAGCAUCUCCGGUUAGCGUCCUUGGACUUGCAGGACCACAGGUUACAGCUGCUUCCGGUUUUUCACAGCUGAAGGCCUCGUUUGGCUCUGGCGGUCCAGGAUCAUGUAUAUCUGGUAAGCAAAUUUUGUAUAUUGCAUGUUUCCCCCUUAAGUGGAUGUGUCCGUACCUACCUCUCUGUAUGGGUGUAAAGACCUAA